AUGAAAAAAACUGGAACAGACCCUAAAGUUAAAAAAACACUUGUUCGAAAUUAUGAGAAAAAAAUACGUAUAGAACGUAAAGGAGUCCACGAUGUUGAUGCGGGUCCAUCUAAAUUAAAUAAAAACCCACAUAAACCUUUAACACAAAGAGACAUUAAUCUCGAUGAGCCUACAUUAUGCUCCAGCGAAGUUUUAGCAAGCUAUUUAUCAGACGUUCGAAAAAGUGUACCACCUCCACUUUCUCCUGAUGAUUUAAAUAUAAAUAAGUCUCAUAUUAAUGCUAAGAUAACCAAAAAGCUGAAUUUCCAUUUCAAUGAUAGAAUAUACAAAAAUUUAGUAGAACUUAAUGCGGAUAUUACUAAUUUACAAGACAAACAGGACAAAAAAAAUACUAAAAACAGAAUACCUCUUAAAAAAGAUCUCGAACCACGUAUAGAAGAUUUUUGUCAAGAAGAAAAAGAACCAGAUGUAUGCCCUAAUGUUCCAAUUUUAAAAAGAAAUAUAACAUUAUUAAAAGGAGUAGAAGAUGGGAGAUUGCACAGACUCAUUGCUUCUUUUGAAAAACUA